UGUUCAUUCGCAUGACCAAUCAACUCAGGCGCGGUGUUCUUCACGAUCGAGCUAGGUAGCACAGAAGAGGAGGGUUAAGGGUAGAAGCUAGUGUUCUUCACGUACUGGGAUGGACCCAGCGUUGCACGCGGCUGCGGUGCAGGGGAGCGUGGCGAGCCUGAGGAAGCUGGCGGCCGAGCGCCCCGACAUCCUUGGCUCCAAGACGCCCCAGGAGAACACCGCACUGCACAUCGCCGCGGAGCUCGGCCAUGCCGGCUUCGCGGAGGAGGCCCUGGGUUUGGACCACAAGCUGCUCGUCAGCAAGAACGCCGACGGCGACACGCCGCUGCACCUGGCGGCCAGGUCGGGGAAGGUGGGCGUGGUGGAGCUGCUCAUCGCACACUCCUUCGCCACCGCGCGGGAUGGACAGACCGGGGAACCUUCCCCGAGCACUCCUGGUAGCGCGGUGGCGCAGGGGCCUCUGUUGAUGGCCAACAAGGCCGGCGACACCCCGCUGCACCAGGCCGUGCAGCACGGCUGGAGCGCCGUGGCGCUCAAGCUGCUGGACGCCGAGCCCAGCUGCGGCCACGCGCUCGACGCGAAAAAGCUGUCGCCGCUGCAUAUCGCCGCCCGGGAGGGCCUCGUGGACGUCGUGAGCAAGAUUGUCAGCCAUCCCUGGGUCCGUGAGAGGUUUGUACCCUCCGACUCUGUCAGCGGCACCGCCCUGCACCAGGCCGUCCUCGGCGGCCACAGCCGUAAGUAUCGCCUUAUUUUCGUUGAUCAUGUACUGUAUCGUGUAACUGCAACGUGGCGAGGCAAGCAGGUGUGGUGGAGAUAUUGCUCGAGGCGACGCCGGAGGAUCAGAUCGCGCUGA